CUCUGAGACCCCCCAGAGCAGAGAGUGCACUUGGGCAGCGGAGAGGCUGGAGAUGGCCAGAGGAGCUCUGCGUGCCGGAAUCUUCCUGCAGCUGCUGGCGGCAGCCCUGCCACAGACCCCGCCCCAACAGCACUUCUGGCUACUACCGGACAACGUGACAGUCGCCGCAGGAGAAGACGUAGUAUUGAAAUGUGGCGUCCGAGGCAGACAAGGCCACGUGCAGUGGGUGAAAGAUGGCUUCGGGUUGGGCCCCAACCCCGAGAUCCCAGGGUUCCCUAGAUACCGCAUGACGGGCAGCCCUGAUAAAGGCGAGUUUCACCUCCACAUCUCCAAGUGUGACAUUACCGACGAUGCGGAGUUCGAAUGUCAAGUCAGCCGGUCCGAGAGCAGCCCAGAGCUCAUCUCUCCCAGAAUCAUGGUCACCGUGCUGGUGCCCCCCAAGGUGAUCCAGAUGUCGCCAGAGGCUGGGAGCUUGGUGACCUGGGUUGCUGGAGAGGAAUAUUCAGUCACCUGCACCUCCGGAGAGUCUAAACCAGAAGCCAAGAUCAUUUUCCAUCAGGACCACUGGGCGGUCCCAGACGUCUUCCCCUAUACAAAUCCUGGAUCCCAGGAGAAAUUUGUCACCACGGAGGCCACGGUCAGGGUGACUCCCAAGCCUUCUGACAACGGGAAACUCCUGACCUGUGAAGUGAACCACCCAGCCCUGAAGGAGUCCUUGAAAUCCUCCUUCACCAUGAAUAUUCUGUUCCCCCCCGGCCCUCCCGUCAUCGAGUGGCCUGGCCAGAUGGAGGGGAAAGCCAAAGCUGGAGAGGACCUGGAGCUGCCCUGCGUGUCACGAGGGGGAAACCCUCUGGCCACCCUGCAGUGGCUGAAGAAUGGAAAGGUGAUCUCCACGGUCUGGGAGACGGACCACAAGCAGGCCCUGGCCCGAAGCAUCCUGCCCCUGACCAUCCAGCCGGAGGAUAACGGGGCGCAGCUCAGCUGCGAAGCCCAGAACAGUGUGUCCCCCGGGGCUCAGCAGCACGUCAUCACGCUGCGCGUCACCUGUGAGGAUCCGGGGGCUGCCCCUGCCCCGCUCCCUCCCGCCGAGUCCCCCCGGAGUCGCGCCUCUCAGCGGCCCGGCCCCCUCUCUGCCUCCCUCCUCCACAGUUCCCCCGGCAAGGGGGCAGAGCUCGGGGAACAACCCUCGGAGACCCUCGGACCCCCAUCUGAGGAGGGAGCAGACACAGCUUCCUCCCACUCUAUCAUCCUGGGCUCCCCGAGCCUGGAAGAAACAAGCAAACCCUUUCCCCUUCCACCCGCCCAGAACCGGGCAGUCCUGGCGCGGUGGCUGGGGCCCGUUUGGGGGAGGCCAGAAAUACCAGGGGGCCAACCCUUCGGCCCCGAGGGCUUUGCCAAGGAGACCCUCAAGAAGUCGGUCACACUGAACGUGAAAUAUCCUAUCCAGAAGCUCUGGAUCGAGACUUUUCCCCCAGGAGACAGCUUCCGAGCCGGAAACCAGGUUCGGCUCCUGUGUCUGGCCAUCGGGGGCAAUCCGGAUCCUUCCCUCUCGUGGUGCAAGGACAAGAAGCUAGUGGUGGAGACCAGGCCGGGCGCGGAGCGGAGGCCCAGGAGUGCGGUGGAGAAGUCGGGGAGCACCCUGUCCAGAGAGCUGGUGCUGAGGCUGGACCCCAGCGACAACCAGGCCGUCUACACCUGCAAGACCACUUCCAACUGCAAGGCCCCGGGGGACCCGGCCACCGCCUCCGAGGUUCCCCUGCAGUGGAGCCCCGCGGGAGUCCCUCCCACUGGAAUUUGGAACGCCCAUUCGGACCGGGGACCCUUGAACCUCACUUGUGUCAGCCUCAGUAGUAACCCCCCAGUCAACCUGUCCUGGGAAAAGGAAGGGGAGAGGGGGUCAUCCCCCCGCCUCCACCCCCGGGAAGGGUGUCCUGCCAUCUUGGAGUCAACCCAUUUCCUUUUUCUAGGCCUUGAAGACUCCUCUGAGAAGACGGAAGACCAGAUCCCUAUAGAAUCUGAAUUCCCUGGGUGGUUCCUGCUCCCCAUACUCUUUGCCCUAGGAGUUCUGCUACUGCUGUCCAAUGUUUCCUGCAUAGGAUACGUGCUCUGGAGGCAGAAACAUCGUGGGCUUCCCUCAGAGGGAACCAAAGAGGAAAAGUCCGAGGAAGGGUCAGAGACGAGAACUGGAAAUGAAUAUGAAGAGAGCCAAUGGAGUGGCCGGCGCACCCCAAGCACCGCGGAGAGUUCAGCAGAGAUGGAACCCUAUUACCAUUCUAUGAGGGACUUUAGUCCCCAGCUUCCCCCAACACCUGAAGAGGAACCUCAAUAUCGAGGCUUUUGGGGUCACGAAUAUGAGGAGGUGGCAGGCCCCGGGCCUGUUUAUGAUGAAGUUGAGAGGCUGUACCCCCUGUCUGGUGCCUGGGAACCUCCCUACCAAGGAACCCAAAUGGGAACUUAUCAGUAUGGAGAAUGGCCCCACGGAACACAAGCAGCACCAGCGGAGCCAGGAAGGAUUUAUGACCUGGUGUCUGAGGACCUGCCUGGGGCAGGGGACAAUUACCUGCCCUUCCACCUCAGAGGGGAGUUGGUCUAAGGCCCGAGAACUUGAAGCUGUUAGUGCUGCCCUCCAAUUGACUCUCAAGAUAGCGAUCGAUGCUUCUGGCCAGUAGGCGUGUCUGAAACAGCCCAUGGUCCUGCCACUUUGCAAACAGGCUAAGCUUGUCCAAUAAAUAAAGUAUA